AUGUCCGACUGGGAGGCAGAAAGUGAGGAUGACGAGGCCCGCCAAGCUCCCGCCAAGCCCUCUGCGGCCGAGUGGCGCCCGGUGACGGCGAGGGCUAGUGGGAAACGUGGCUCCGCGGGAAAAGACGACGAGGAGGAAAGAGGCAGUGGCGGGAGGAAAUGGGGUUCGCGGCCGGCGCCUUCCCGCGAGCCGUGGCAGUCGGGGCACUUGGAGUACCGGGCCCGAGGCCCCUUCCGAGGGGCGGGCAAGGAGCGUGCCGGGUCGCCGCCGCUGUGCUUCCACCUGGAUAACUCGCUCGUGGGCACCCUCAUAGGUCGAAGUGGAAGUAAAAUAAAAGAGCUUCAGGAAUCAUCAGGUUGUAAAAUACAGGUUGUAAAGGGCAAUUAUGAAGCUGAAAUAAAGAUAUUUGGUGGUAAUGAUAAGCAAACGAAAGCCAAAAUGAUGAUUGAUGAUCUUAUUGAGAGGUGCAGCCAAAGCAAUGCCGGAGAAAGGUAUGUUAAAGAUUGCUUUAAACACCAAGAUUUUGGAACGACUCGUUAUGAAGAAAGUCGUUCCGGUGCUUUGAAGUCGGGAUACAGUAAUCCAAAGCAAUCCAUUAACUGGGCCUCCCUUCGAGAAAAUAAAGCUAAAUAUGAAGCUAUGAAGUGGGCUGAUUUGCCUCCAAUUGAAAAAUGUUUUUACAAAGAAUCUCUAAAGGUUGCUUCAAUGUCACAAGAAGAAGCUGAUAGGUGGAGAAAAGAAAAUAAUAAUAUCACAUGUGAUGACCUGAAAGAUAAUGAAAAGCGUCACAUUCCCAAUCCUAUUUGUAUAUUUGAAGAUGCCUUUAUGCAUUAUCCUGACAUUAUGGCAAAUAUAAAGAAAGUUGGCUUUCAGAAGCCUACCCCAAUUCAGUCACAGGCUUGGCCAAUAAUACUUCAAGGAUUUGAUCUCAUUGGAAUAGCGCAGACUGGUACUGGAAAGACGUUGGCUUAUCUAAUGCCUGGGUUCAUUCACUUGGAUUUGCAGCCAAUACCUAGAGAAAAACGUGGUGGACCAGGUAUGUUGGUUCUCACUCCCACUCGAGAACUGGCUCUUCAAGUUGAGGCAGAGUGCUCAAAAUAUUCCUAUAAAGGAAUUAAAAGCAUUUGCAUAUAUGGUGGCGGAGACCGGAAGGGGCAGAUCAGCCUGGUUACCAAAGGUGUGGACAUUGUUAUAGCUACGCCAGGUAGAUUGAAUGACCUCCAAAUGAACAACUUCAUAAAUCUGAGGAGCAUAACAUACCUGGUGUUGGAUGAAGCUGAUAGAAUGCUAGAUAUGGGUUUUGAGCCUCAAAUAAUGAAGAUUUUAUUAGACAUACGCCCUGAUAGGCAAACAGUUAUGACCAGUGCUACAUGGCCAGAUGGUGUCCGCCGUCUUGCAAAAUCAUAUUUGAAAGAUCCUAUGAUUGUGUAUGUUGGUACUCUUGAUCUAGCGGCAGUAAAUACAGUGGAACAGAAAAUUGUUAUUAUUCCAGAAGAAGAAAAAAGAGCUUUUACACGUUACUUCAUUGACACUAUGAAGUCUGAAGACAAAGUCAUCAUUUUUGUGGGAAAGAAGCUUACUGCCGAUGACCUAUCAAGUGAUUUUGGUCUUCAGGGAAUUCCUGUCCAGUCCUUACAUGGCAAUAGAGAACAAUGUGAUCGUGAACAGGCUUUAGACGACUUCAAGAAAGGCAGAGUUCGCAUACUGAUAGCAACUGACUUGGCCUCCCGUGGACUUGAUGUGCAUGAUAUCACUCAUGUCUUUAAUUUUGACUUCCCUCGCAACAUUGAAGAGUAUGUUCAUAGAGUAGGCCGUACUGGACGUGCAGGCCGCACAGGGGAAGCUGUAACCCUUGUGACCAGGAAUGACUGGCGGAAUGCAUCUGAAUUGAUUGACAUUUUGGAAAGAGGAAACCAGGUAAUUCCCGAAGAACUUAUUUCAAUGGCUGAAAGAUACAAGCAGUUUCAGUUGAAAAAAGAAAUGGAGAAAGAUAUGGGGAGGCCACGUGGGAGAUCUCGAAGGGGUUUUUAA